GUUAAAGAGAGUAAGUAAGAGUCGGUCAGAGGUGAUCAGUCAGUCAAAGUGGUUACAGAGAAGCAAAGUGGGAAAAGUAAACUUGCUGUAAGUAAAGCUGUAUAUGAUAACAGAUGUUUUAAGGGGAAGACCACAUCAGUCACAACAGCCGAGUUCUACAGCGUUUUCAUCCUCAGCAAUAUUCGUCUUCCUGUGAAUUUGGCUGUCGUCAAUUCAUAAAUCAUAUGUCUAGAGCAGUUUGUUUUCUCAUGGUCAGGUGAAAAAUUUGCUUGUCUUCAUGAGCCACAAUUUGGGCGGAUUUCACUGAACAUUUACUUUCGAAUCUCUAUUAAGACUAAAAAACUACCUGCAAGAGUGUUGAAUUCUCUCUUCAAUAAUUUAAUUUCCUAUAUAAAGGGGCCCGGUUUAUUCAACAAUCAUGCCGCUUAUCGCGAUAUACCAGUUAAUGAGCAGUGCUAUGUUUGAUUAUCUCGUGCCGCUAGCUUCUUAAUUCAUUCUUCAUAUCUGCUUAGUGGUAGCUAAAUAAAGGCUUACUUGACGUAAAAAACGGCAAUCAAUUUAAACAUUCAUAUGAUGGUGUGCAUGUAUACAGCUGGGAUAAUCAAGCAAUGGGCAAUUCUGCAAAACAGAGAUUUAUUCAUACUUGGUCUGUUUUUAGGCUGCGUAGGGAAUUUCCCUUUUGCCCGUGCAACAAAAUACGUAGAUAAAUCUAUCGGAUGAAUAGAAAUAUUUCCUUCAAAAGUCGUACUAAUUUAAGUUUUUGAAAGUAUGUAAAAGACCUAAACAUGUGAUAUAAAUGCUAGAUAUUGUGUUUCCAAGGUAUUAAGACCUAUUAAAUUUUCUAGCGCUUUAUAUCAAUAUGUUUAUCAUACCAGAAAGCUUUUCACGCAAAGCUUUCCGGCUAGUUUAGAUUAGCGAAUAGUUAAUCUGAUUGUUUGGACCCGUGUGCUAAAUUGUUAUGGUUUCUAUAUAUAUAUAUAUAUAUAUUGUUGUCGGCAGACUGUAACUUCUAUUCUGGGAUCCGAGCGAUAUAUGCUGAUAAGCCAGGAACUGUGGGGACCGCUGUCGUCUGUUGUGGAAGUUUAUCGUUGUUAAGUCUGUCCGGGUAGAUUGAGAAGAUAUUUCAACAAAAGCAUCAACUUGUCCUGAAAGUUUCUCUCGGUUGUGGUUCAGUAAUUUUCCUAAGGAUAUUGAAUAACCAUUGUUGAUAGAAGGGGGCAUUGGAAUUUCGAGAAUUUCAGGAAGAAAAACAAGAUUAGAUGUAAAAUAAAAAUUGCAAUCCUAUAGAGAAAUCUAGCGGAAUUUUUUCGGUUUUGCGGUUUCCAAUAGGCCCCAAUGCCCCCUCUUGAUAGACUGAGGACUUCCUGUUUUUGAACCGCUUCUUUGAGUCAAUAAUUCCAUAUAUAAGUUAAAUUAUUUAUCUGUUUUCCAGACAAUUUUUUUUUAGGGUUAUCAAAAAGGCAGUCAAUGUUACCCCUUGCGGACUUCUCUUAUCCGGAUGGUCGUUUUAUAUCAUUAUGGGUGGUCGAAUUGGGCUCAUUUCGGAAACAGCACUUGGUGUGGCGUGAACAAUUUGUUUCGCCUUCUGAAUCUAAUCUAAUCUUCUAAUCGUCAUUUCUAGAUUAUUCUCACUAGAAUUGGCUAUCAGUCAACACCGUUGUUAAUCUGACCUUCGGACUAACGAGGAUGAAGUGGCUAUGUGUAUGAAAUACAUCUUGUAUUAUAUGCUAUUCUCAACAGCCUCUUUGCAUGUGAAUAUGAAGGCGAACAUGGAAAAGCGAGGUUGAUUUUUUGUCCUCUAACGAUUCCCGUUUGUUCGCUUCAAUGGCGCAAGUAAAUGUUGUCUUUCUUCUACCGGAAUGCUAAAGUCAAAUGAGACACAAUCCAAUUACAAGCGAGUUAGAUGCGACGGUUACUCACUUGAUUGCUUUGGUAUCCGUAGCAGUUAAAAUGUCCAAAGGCUUACCCAAGAUUUAAUUUAAAUAGAACUCAGAACUUCACUCAACGUUUUACAACAAACAAAUUGUUUUGGAGACUUUAGAUAUUAAUGAUUAUAAUAAAGUUUGGAUAUAACGCGCUUUGUCAUUGCUUGAAAGAGCAGGCUCUAUCAGAGUACAAAGCAUGGAGCAGAGCUAAAGUUGUCACGCCAUCUGCCAAAUUGUACUAUGUCCGACCUUUUCCAGGACCGCCCUAGAGCUUUUUGUCUUAAACUAAAAGUGACAUUUCGGAACAAGCGAGCCCGCAAGUAGCAACAGAAAAAUUAAGGGGUUUGUAGACAUGCCAAGGGCCGUAAUUUACGUCAUUAUAACUUGAGCAGAGUUCCUCAAAUCCUGAAAGAGAAAAGGAAAUAGACAGUCCGAGUUUUGAAGGUUUUCACGCUCAGUAAGAUUGCAAGCUUACGUCCGAUAACAAAAAUCAAACACAUCUAACACUCAUAAAGUAUAUACAGUUUAUUGUUAAAAAACAAAAUAACAAACAAGCAAAAAAAAAAAAAAAAAAAAAAAAAAGACAGAACAAAGCAGGAAUGAUGAAAAAUAUUGGCAAACUGGCAAAACUGUUAAAAUUCAUAGCAAUCAUGAAGGUGCCCGCGUCUCGUGUUUCUCUUUACACUUUUUUUUUUCGUGUUGUAACCGCUUCAUGCAUGCUUUACAUCAGAACAGAGCACAGUGAAGGCUUCUCUAUUUGUUAAAUGAAAGUUGUAUUUAUCAAUUUAAUUUGAAAUCAAUUCAAAUACCUCACUUUUUAAGUAUCUUGAGUAACUUUCUACUAAUUGUAUGUAUUUAUGAGCCAUAGUUAGCGGCUAUACGGGAGGCCAAUGACCAUAAAGGCUUGGCCGGACACACGAACAGGAACAGGCGAAGUUGUGAUAAAAUUGAAAAUUAUUUGUGCAAGAUGAGAAAGGUGGGCCACGGAUAUAGCUCCCUAUCAACGGGAAGGAUGGGAGAAUACCGCCGUCUCACACACUGUGCUAAACAAACAGAAAAUACUUUCUUACAGGGAUUUUAAUAGUAGGGGUAAACUUCGCCUUUGACUCCCUCACGCUUCAAUUGGAUUAGCUGAAAUCACGUGGGUUUUGUUUAAAAUAAAAAAGAAGUAAGAAAAAAUUGAAAGCUAAUGAACAUCCCAAGAUCACUGAAGUAUUUUCCGCGGGUAGUCGCUAAAGUAAGUUUUAUACUUUUUAUCCUCUAUUGUACCUAGUUAUAAUAAUAAUAAUAAUAAUACAAACAUAUUUAUGCAGGAUUGCUGCUUCAGUUUUAAGAAAAAAAACUGCUAUCACAUUUUUUAGUUAUCGAAUGAAUUUUCCAAUUUUCACCGUUGAGGAGCGCUGUUCAACAACGCUAUGAUCCUUUGCAUAUAAAAAAAAAAUGUCAAAUUAAGAGUCGAUUGCACAUUAAUCUAUUAAUUUAGAAUCGUUUGUACAUUUUUCUUAGUUUCACGUUACGUGCGUGCCAACAUACUUAACUCAAAGUUUUGCCAAAUGUAUACUGUAUGCGUAUCAACCUUUUCUCUUACUAGAACUCCUAUUACGCUUCUAGUGACAACCACCAUUUUGGUUUCGUAGCUUGAAUAGCUCCGUAGCCACAGUACAUAAUAAUCUUUAUAUUUGGGACAUUUUAUCACCGUAUUAAGGUUACUUCCCACCUUCAGAAAAAAAUCGUAUGCGCGUUAGUUUCUCUGCAAUCGUAAAAAACUAUACAUCAGAAAUAAGCCUAAUUAAUCAGGUUAUGAUAGUAAUACAAUUUAAGCGAGUUUCCUGUUUCCAAUUAAGCGAGUUUUCCUUCGGAAAAAAAAUCGUACGCGCGCUAGUUUCUCUGUAAUCCCAACAAACUAUACAUCAGAAGAAAGCCUAAUUAAUCAGGUUAUGAUAGAAAGACAGUUUAAGCGAGUUUUCCGUUUACAAAGUGUUAGAGGCCGGCAAGGCGUGAAACGACCGAAGGUUCUUUUGUUGAAUUUAUCGGGUAUCGGAUGCCGCAGCACCAGCAUAAAGGCUGCCUAGUCAUUCACAAAAUAUCAGUCAACAACAUUGGUUGUCUAGAUAUCGACAUCUAAAGUCGGAGAAGCUAAAAAUAUUACGAGGCGCGUUUGCUCUUCAUCAGAGAGAAAGACGAAGGGCUAACACUCGAAAUGUCAGUUUUGAAACUCUUUACGGCAGCCAAUUUACGUUUUGAACAAAGAAAGACAAAGAGACAGAGACCUUAACAAUCCACGAGCCUUUUCGUGUCAUUCACCAAGCGUAAAUUUAGGAUUCGUAAAAGGAGAAGGAAAGAAUUCGUUACGCUCCUCGUUUAAUAAUACCGAGUUUCAAAAUACGCUUAAAUAAUAGAGGAUACCCUGAGGAAAUUUUUGAGAAACGUAUCAAAGUGGGUUGCUUGAAAAGAUAGAAAAUAGCCCACAAAAGAAAAUAUUCCCUUUUAUGACACAAUCUCAUCUGGCUUAACUUUGCCAAACCUCAACAACACACACAUAGGGAAAUUAAUGACGCCCUGAUAAUCAGAUCACAAGGGAAAUCCAUUAAAAGAUGUCCUGUAAAGAGCUUAAAGGCUUGUUUAAGGUAAAGUGACGCGCUUGGGUGGGGGUAACCCGUCUGUCCAUAUAAUCCCUUAUUUUAUCUUGAUCACGUUUACACGAUAGGUGGGGUAACCUGCUAAGGUGGUUUUCCUUGUCAACCGAGGUCGCAAUUUACCAAGUAAUCGUUUAAGGUGGGUUACCCCGCUUAGCUAGGGUCGCGUUCAUGUCACAUUUACAAGAGAGCCGGCAACCCAAUCCCGGGAUCCCGAGGCUGUAAGAUUGCAUGUAAACGCGGGCUAUCUUUCGACAACGGCUAGGCAGGUUACCCAACCUUCACGUAAACAGAUCCUUACUUUGACGGCGGAAAAAUUCAAAAUCGUUAGCAAAUGGCAGGAGUUGUACAGGCCAAUCUAACGUUCAACUCCCUUUUUCAUUCCAGCUCACCUAGCGUGUCGUUUUGCGCAAUGAAGAGUUCAUAUACCUCAAGAAUAAUCAAUUAGCCACAUGACCGACGCCAUUGUCCGGCUCGGGGUUGAUUGAUGAGCGAGAGCUCAUUUUUAAAAUUUUUUUUAAUAUUUAUUUUUUUUUUUUUAUCAAAUACAAUCGUUAAUAACGAAUUCCGAUAUUUAUCGUUGUUAACUCUAUUCUUGCCAUAGAUUUGCGUCGAUAUUUUAGUUUUUUCUCGAGACUUCUAAAUCAGAAUCAAUGAAAAGUAAUUUGGCAAUAGGGCAGUUUCACUGCUCUUCUUUCAAUAUCAGGCGUUCAUUACAUAAUCGGCAGAUAGUUGUUUCCGGGAAUAGGCGAACUCGAAUGAUCGUAAAAAGUCGCAUUGAGAAUUUUAAUCUUCUUUACCAAUUUUUGAUGAUUUGACAACAUGAUAUUCCUUUAGGGGGUCAACCCUGAGAGCCAAGAGGAUUUGAUUUACCGUGGCUGUCACUAAGGUUAUAGUUUUAGUCUGAUUAAAUUUCGACGCGCAAUUGGUCGUGCGUAAAGAAAAGUAGCAGCAUCUGGUACAUACAAUUGCUAAGAAAAAGUCGAUUUGAAAAAAAAGAGUCAUUUGCAGUUACAGAAUGUAAUUCCGUGUGAAUCCUUCUAAUCACAACUAGUUAGAGAUCAAAUUUUACGGAAUUUUCCAAGAUUGUUGUUCUCCGGGCGAGCGUGGUGAAAACCAUGCGAAGCUAAGUAAAAUACAGGCAAACGAAGCGAAUAUGCGAAAUAUAUUGUGCUCACAAAGAAGUUAUCUAGCUCGAACGGGAUCACACCAACACCUGUACCUCUUCUUAUGAUAUGGUGUGUUCUGGAUCACUUAUGGAUUUUUUGUCAAUGGUGUUUGACAUCAAUUGUUCCGUAUGCUUCCAGAAUUUUUAAGAAUACCUUGUUACUGCAUUUAAAGGCUCACCAAGUCAGGUUAAAUUUCCUACGCGAUGUUGUCUAAUUUGUCUAAUAUUGAACUUUUUUUUUCCAUGUUAUUUAAAUUCGUUUACUUAUUUUUUAUUUUUUUUCAUUUCCACACAACGUCAAAAUGCACCCUGUUGCUUGCUAAGGUAAAAAGUGCCAGUUUUUAUGAAGCUAUACUGUGCGAACCCAUUUCUGGUGCACAUAUUUCCGCUGCCGAUUCUGGUUAAAGCGCCACCGCAAUCAUUUUUUUUCCGUUUCUCUCUCAGAUCCAAUUUUCAACACUUCGCAAGGAGAGAAAUGAAGAGAAGACUUAGAACAGUCCAAAGUUUAAAUCAUAUCAAAGUUGAUGAGAACUUGAGUACUCAUUGUCCUUUUAAUUGAUCAUCACACGAAUUUUUUUGUAUUUGAUUAAAACUUAUCCACAAAGCCCCCUAGGCCAAAAUAACUCUCAACGAGCAUGAUUUUCUCUAAUAGUAAUUACGAAGAAAGGUCACUUGUGCGUGUCGCUGGCUUAAGUUUUCCGCUAAUUUAAGACUACAGCCAGAUUUCCGCAAAAAAAUAUUUAUCCUUGUCAGAAGGGUGGAAUUAGGUUAAUUAGUUUAAGGUAAUCCAAACUAAACCAAUUUCCUCUCUCUCUCUCAAUUCCAAUAUUCAUUCCUUAGCGAGAACAGAUAUGAACUCGGCCUCAUUGCUGGAAAGCGCUUUGUCAUAAAGCCGAGUUGAAUGUUUUUUCUUUUUUUUUUCCAUCCUGCGACAUUCCUUUUUUAGAACCGUUUUACAUCGUCUUCGGCCACCAUUCAACAAUGUCGAUAGUCCAACUUUCCAAUUUUGAUCAUGAUUAAAUUUUUCUUUCAGAAUAUUAUAUACUUACAACCUGCUUACAUAAGCAUAUGAUCUGAUGCCGGAAAUGACAUGGCAAGAUUAACCUUCUCCUAUGAGGAUGGCUAAAAUUGUCCAAAUCAAGUCAUGGCCGGUUUACCCUUUCCAAACAUUCGAAAUGCAACUUUCAUUACAUGGACUUUGAAAAAAAAGGCCAAAUUACAGCAUCUGAAUCAUUUUAAGGCAUGCAAAAUUGCUCCCGAAUUUAAACCAAGCAAUUGAUUAUCAUAUUUUUUGGUCUUUGCCAACCUUUUGAGUCUGACGUAUGCGCGAUGUUUUGACUAAUGAGCACACAGGAUGGUGUUAUGGUGGACGAAGAGAAGCUUUCGCGGCGCAAAGUCAGCACAGGCACUGUGUAUAAGACGCUCAAAACGCAUACAAAAUAUGCUCGCAUCGUUUGUGGUAGACCCACACUUAAAUGUGUCGAGUGUUUUCGGUACGGGUCGUUCCGUGAACCUUAUGAGAUAUCUCUUUAUCGUGAAAGAAUUCGUUAAUGUAUAUGAAAGGUAAAAUAUCGUGCCAGUCGAUAUUUAAAAUUGUUUUCUCAUAACAAACUGACGUGUUCUUGCAAGAAUGAGGCCAGUGUAGCAAAUUAUUGCAAUUAUAAAUUAAACAGAGACAUAGAAAAAAAUCCUGGCCCUCUAACAUAUGUUGACCCUAAAAAAAUAGUAGUAGCCCCAUACAGUCAAGGUAAAGAGUUAGUUUUUGAAUAGAGUGCAGGACAACAAUGUGUUGCAAUGAAUUUGUGUUCUUUGAUUUAUCAUGACACACAAGGGAUCAGCUCACCAAAUGAUCUUAUACAAAUAAUAAAUAUUGGAAAUCAGCUUUAUUCAAGUUUGUCACAAUUAGCCAGACAGGCAUAUUUAAUGCAGUAAAAAUUACCGACAGCAUGAAAUGUGUUUGAUACUGAUUAUCAACUGGAAUCGCUCAUAUUUGAAAGCUACACCAAUUUCAUAUUAGCAGUAGGGUGUAUUACUGUAAUAGUAAUAUGGAGUUCAAAAUAUUUGAUUCCCAUGUUAGAGAUUUGUAUGGUAGAAGGCAGCCUAAAGGUACAUGUGUUGUUCUCGAAGUACUGUCUCCUGAUAGUUAGUGCAUUAUUUCCAGAGUCGUUUCAGAGAGUUAAAGUGAGAGGAAUACAAAUUGAGAAUAUUCAAAAUAGGAUGGUUUCUCAAAACAGUCUGAAUGAAACCAUGAACUUCAAUCUAAGUUGUGCUGUAGCUCUAUACUCUCUUUGCUACCCUGUAAUAAAAUCAUGUAAUUACUGGAAUUACAACUCAUCCUUACCCACCAUUGUUGACAAGGGCAAAAAGACGUAUCGUAAAUCAAGCUUAGCACACAACCAGCAAUCACCAGUUAAUCUUCCGAGAACUGUAGAUGUUUAUGAAACAAAAGUAAAUUGGGAUAAUUUGUUUAAGAGUGAAGGACUAUUAACUGAUUCACUUCAAAGCAAGUCAAUUCGUGAGAAUGAAAUAAUACAUAAUAGUGAAUGCACAGGGUUUUUGAUAUAAUUUUCCUUAUACUGCAUUAGUUGUACCUUUAAACCCACAAAAAGAUCAAAGUAUAUGUAUUCCCCCCUACUUUAUAAUGAAAGAGACAAUUCCCCUAUUCAGUACACUAAAAACAUAAAUGGAAGUGCUUGACUUGUUGAUGCCAUUAGAAAAAUACUGGAGAAAUAUAAUACUCUAGUGCAAUACAGAAUACUGUUUGCUACAUGUUCGUGUAAAGUAUUUGACAGAAAGGACAGAAACAAAAUUGAUGACUAAACAUUAUAGAAAAAAAAAAACAAUACUGUAAAGCAAUGGAGCCAGCAGAGAAAAAGAUCAUUGGAGAAAAAACAAUUUAGGGAUAUGAAAUAUAAACAGAAGAUACAGAAAAACUUUCCCAAAAAUACAAAACAUUAGAUACUGGGUAAUCAGUAUCUUCAGGAUGCACUAGCCUAAAGACUAAAUGCAUUGAAUAUUACCCUCUGUUUGUGAAGCAGUUCUGAAUCUGUUUAAUAACUCUGUGAAUGGUUGGUCAUCCUUUUGACUGAUAUUUUUAGUCAACUCUAUCAUCUUGAAAAGUAGCCAGGAAUGGCACAAAUUGUAAACAUUGUUUUUAUAUUUUUCAAAGACGAAUUUUCUUCAAAUUGGUGGAAGUUAAUUCAAAUCACCUACUGUAAUAAUGCUAAGUCCCGGAAAUAGGCAUGCAGUUGUUUGAUGUUGACAAUAUUUACCUUAGUUUUUGAUGGAUGUGCAGUAGCAAAGUAUUUGAUACCAUGGAGAGUUCAUUAAUUAUUAUCAGUUUUAAAUCUGACAGUGUCAUUCUCAUAUGUGUUUUCUUUUGGUCUGACAUUGGUGUUAUAUUGUCAACUGAUUUUUUGGGGAUAGCAUACCAAGAGAAAAAAACAGUUAUAGGAUAAACCAAUAAUUACGUAACCCUAAGCAAAUGCAAGCACAAAAAAAAAGUUUAUUUCCAACAGAAAGCCCGGGUGAACGCAAAUAUGCGUUUAUUUGAAUCAAUGAAUCGAAUUAAAUCAAUCAGCCAUUACACUUUAACUGUUCCCACGGCUAUUGCUUUUCAUCAGUACGUUAACAAUUGAAGCGAUUCAUAGCAUUAGGUUUGUGCUCAUAUAAAUAUUUUAAGUUUAUUCGAAAGUUAAGUGUAAACUGUAACAAGCUUGGUUAUCGUUUAUGCGCGGCUCAGCACUUCCAGCCUGAUUACAUUCGAUGCCAAAACUCAAUCUCGCCCCCAUGCUGUGUUCACCACAUUGCUUUACGCCAAUUAACGCGCCUUUUGUGCAUCCGUUUCCGACCAGAAUAAUUAGUUACAAGAACUUGGUGCUAGAUCAAGAUAGCAGUUUCCUGUUAAUCACAUCGGGGGGUGAAAGGGUUUAAGUUGUCGAUUCGGUUAGUCCCUUUGCCCGUCCGCUGUCAUUCAGCAAUAGUAUGACUUAUCAGUCCCUGUAUUCUUGGAGCGAGUCAUCACUAAAGUAAGAUUUCAUCUUUCUCUUGUGUUGAUAACUUUUUGCGGUGAGGUCAAAUUUAAGGAGGGAAGUACUACUUAUGAUGGUUGCGAUUUAUAUCGUUAUGCUGGAUAACGGAGAAAAUAAAAGUUAUUCAAAACCUAAAUGCAAAAGAUGAAAAAGAACUUAAAACUCCUAAACUAUCAUAUACGUUGUGCAUCAAUAAGAGGUGAACAAUUGGGAGUUUUAGAAAACCACGAUGGAAACGGCAACGGGAACGUCAUUAAACAAGAGGUUUGAUGGGCAGAACAAUAGCUGUGCACGUGCCUUUGUAAUUUCUUUGCGUCCUCUGCAAAAACAUAAAAUGAUCAAAAUUUGCGUUGUCUGGUGAACGUGAAGGAGGACGUCUGAUUUUUUUUUAAAUUUCUAUUUCUAAUUUAUCUCUGUGUUACAUAUUUAGUGUCGGGAUAGAUUUACUGUAACGAGCAAACUAGAGACUUUAGAGUAUUGCGAGUAUCGUAGGUAAAAUAUAAGUUCGUUUUUUAACCGACGUUGUCCACGGCGUCGCUUUUAACAAACCACCGCGGCGACGGGAAUGAGGACGUGGCAAAGCAAAAGAUCUAACGAACAGAACAAUAGCUCAGCUUGUGGGUUUUAAACUGCGGACAUUUCUUGGCCGUCUCCUGCAAAAUGACAACGUGAAAUCAUCAAAAUUUGGGUGGUUCGAGAAAGGAAACGCCGAGGAAAAAUGAUUUAAGAUUCCAUUUAGAACUCAACGCCGCUCCCAUACGUUAUGCUGAGGUUAACUUAUGGCGCCUUAAGAGAUGGUAGAAACAUCCAGUCAGGCGCAAAAUUCCAACUAAAUAUAUAUAUAUAGGAAGUCUGCAAGUCGAUUUUCGCGUGGAACAGUGCUCAAUACGUUGAAGCAGAGCAGAAUAAGUAUUAUGAGAGGAAAAAAGGACGCAACUACAUUUCCCGACAAGCCUGUUUCAUGAAUCGCUUCACUCUUCACAUUUGACGUCACGAUGGGCAGCUACGACGGCGCCGAAACGUGCGAUCUAGUAGGAAGUUUCCUUCUUUCACAGCUACAAGACCUCAACAUCAACGUAGGACUCUACAGAGACGACGGACUAGCCACCACUAACACCACGCCGAGAGACACCGAAAACAUAAAGAAGGAAAUUUGCCGAAUCUUCAACCGCAACGGACUACGUAUCACCAUCGAAGCAAACAAAAAGAUCAUCAGCUUCCUAGACGUCACUUUCAACCUAAACAACAGCACCUACCAGCCCUACACAAAGCCUAACACCACACUACAGUACGUACACCGCGAGAGCAAUCAUCCACCGAUCACCACAAAGAACAUACCUGCCGGCAUCAACAAACGACUUUCAUCCCUUUCAUCAGACAAAGCUUCAUUCGACAAAGCCGCCCCACCGUACCAAAAAGCACUUAACGAAGGUGGAUAUCAAUACACCCUCCACUACGAACUCACCACGACUGCCAAACGCAAAAACAGGCAGCAAAGCAACAUCCUUUGGUACAACCCUCCAUUCAGCAAGCACGUUAGCACCAAUAUAGGACACAAAUUCCUCAGCCUAAUCGACAAACAUUUCCCUAAGGAUCACAGCCUCCGCAAGAUAUUUAACCGCUACACCAUCAAAAUCAGUUACAGCUGUAUGAACAACACCAAACAGGUCAUCGACAACCACAACAAGCGCAUCUUACACUCGUCUCACUCAUCUUACACGAAAGACAACAAAGACGACACGGGAACCAACAAAACAUGCAACUGCCGACAAAAGAACAAUAUAGAACAUUUGCAUUUUCUCCGAUAUGUUGGAAUUAAUUUAACUAAAUAUUUGUUAACUAUCAGACGGUUGGUAAACCAAGGGAAGUUGAGAUUUUAUUGGCAUCUGGUGCAGUCAAUUUAAAGAAAAGACAAAGGGCACUACUAAUACUAAGAAUAAUUUUUAUGAAAAAGACCAUAUUAAUAAGUUAAAACUCAUCGUUGUAAAUAGACACCCCACAAUAAUGGGUUUAGUCAUAUUCUUGAUGUAGUCAAUGAUUUCAUCUUCGUACCCUACUAGUCUCCCCUCGUCUCAACGACUGAUUAAAUUUAAAGGAGUUAUUUUCCUUAUUUCCAUGUAAGGUCCUGUCUAAACACAAAACUUUUAAAUGUAGUUCGAAAAGCAUUUUCUUAAGGUGGCUGUUCCUACCCUGUCUGGCUAAUCCUGCUCCUUACCUUUUUUCUAAUUGACAAUCCCAUUUGCAGGGAUUGCACCUCGACAACAUUUCACGACGAUGGGUGACUUUUGGCUGAGAGAGGUAACAAAGUGGAUACUACUAUUGAAUCUUGCCAGCAUUUUAUGCAUUCCUCCGUUUGUCAGAAGCGAAACGUGCAAUUCCAAAAUCAGAAGUAAGUAAUGAAACCCCACGGUACGAAGAGUAUGGCCUAUUCUUUUAAACUUUUUUUCUCAUUCUUGUCCUUCUCGGUUGGAAUAGAGAUAGCAAACCAUAUUUUAUAAGUAUUUUUUCACCAACUAGUUUCCUCUCUUGUACAGUAAGACCCGUUGUCGUCAUCUAUCCAAGUCCAGAAAAUGUCAGUUUGGCCGUUGGUGCCUCCAUAACUCUGACUUGUAAAGCAGAGCCGAGAACUAUAGAUGCAGGGUACAUGGAUAGAUGGGUCAAGUAUAUUCAAUGGUACAACCCAAAUGGUACAGAAGUUGGAGCAAAAUGCCAGCAGCCUUCAAACAUAUUUGCAUAUAAAAGAAAAUUCAGCUGCCCAUUGGUUUUAAAAAAUCUGACAGAAGAUGAAUUUGGCCACUAUAUUUGCCAAGCGGGCAAUCCUUAUAGAAAACACUGCACAAGGCAAUCAUUUACAAUAGGUAAGUAUUUCAUCAUAACUCGUUUAUUCAUUUGUCUUUUUUUGUUCCUUAUUUGUUUGUUUGUUCGUUAGUUUUUUUUCCCACUUACAUAAUGCGUGACGGUAAACACCUUACGUUCUUGUUUGGGAAAGGUGGAUAUCGUGCAUUUGGUUUCGCUGGAUGUCAAAUAUAUUUUUAUUUCUUCUUUAGUUAUUAAAUUAUUAAAUUUUUGUUUUCAUUCUAUCUGACGAAGGGCUAAUGCUCGCAACGAUAGCUUUAAAACUCUUUACGGUAGCCAAUUUACAUUUUCAACUUUGAGGAUUCCAAAUUACCUUAUUAUACUCUCCCACCGACGCAGCACCGUAGCUUCUUUAGAAACUUACCCACUUUAUUUAUUUUUAUUUUUUGUUUGCUUGUUUGUUUGUUUGUCUGUUUUUGAAAUAAGUUUCCACGAAAGGAACGAUUGAAUUGAAUGUCGAGAGAAUCAAUUGAGCUAAAGCACUUUGUGACUCACAUUUUAUGGCAGAGGAACUGGUUCUGGGCCAAACGUUGCCAUUCUACAAUACUUAAGUCAUCUAAGGCCGGAGAAUGAAAAGGAAAUCCUUUCCUCUCUCUCUCAAAUCCCAGUGAACCUUACAUCUCGAUGAAAAAAAGUAUAAACAAUCAACUUCCCGCUGUCGGCCACUCUCGUAAGCGGAUUUUUCUACUUAUUUUCUUUUCUUUUUUUAAUUUCUUUUCUUGCCUCCCAGUUUCUCGUAGACGGACGCGGACACUUUUGAAAUUGAAAAUGUGAUUUUUCUUUUGUUUACGCUCCCUCGUAAGCGACACCCAAUGGGUAAUUUAUUACUCUAGGCAAACAAAAUUGUCCUGACUUUGGAAAUCAACAAAAUGAUCGACAGUUGGGAUCGGGUUUGUUAAAUCUCCAUUUGUCCGCGGGAAAGCAAGCUAUCGGAGGCAGACAGUUCUAAUAACGGGCACUUUUUCCAAUUCCCUAAGAUGUCCUCUUAUGAGGGAGUUGACUGUAUUUAUAUUAGUGCGCACUUUCCCUCCAGGCUCUGCACCGGUUUUUUUGGAGGUUCCAAGGAAUCAAAGUGUUUACAUAGAUUCCAAUGUCACUUUCGAUUGCAAUGCUACUGGUCUUCCUAAGCCAAACAUCUCAUGGAUCAAGAACGAUGAUUUCCAUACCUUGCAAUCCAACUCAAGCGCAAAGGACAAGAAUAGCAUCCACAGUGAGCUCUUCAUAACGAAAGUGAAGAAGAAGGAUUUUGGCGGAUAUAAAUGCGUGGCAAUUAACAGCAUUGGAAAAAAGGUAUCAUUAUCGGCCUUCUUAAGCCAGAAAGGUGAGAAGAAAAACUUUCCAUUUACAGCUCCUCACAACUUUGAGCUAUUUAGCGACGGUUGAGCGUCCUGUGCGAGAUAUUAGGUCUUAAGUACAUCAGUUGAACCCUGCUGGGAAAUCAUCUCACCUAGCUAAGCAACUUUCCCACUUGACCUCCAUUUAUCUUGACUCAGAUUAGACCCCAUUUUUAAUAUCUGAUCUGCAGUAAGCGACUUACUCUUUAAGCAGCCUCAUAGGCUUGGCAUUUUUUGUGUCGAAGACGAGAAGCUUGACCGUGAAGAGGAAUGUAAUCGAAAUGCAACUAAAAUUUAUAGCUUAAUACUAAGACUGCGUGCUGAUUUUCGUUUUCUAUUCAGUUUCCCUUUUUCUGCCUUUUUAGUAAAAUCAUUAUUUUGACCCCAAGAGUGUUUCGGAUUUCCCACUUUUUACAAAACUACUCCUUUAACAUCCAGUGAACCGAAGUGUCUCCCGAGGUCAACAAUCCAGUAGAUGAGGGACAAUACAUUUUAUCCCCUAAAUACCCAGAGCAUGUCUUGUUCAAGAAGACAAAAACAAUCGCAGCCAGCUUACAAUAACAAAAGUACAGAAGGAAGAUUAUGGAAAAUGUAAGCGCAUUGCAAAGAACGUCGUUGGUGAAAAAGAAUCAGGAGUCGCCAUCCUUAUGUGGUGACCCGGUUAAGUUGUGCCUAGGGCCUAACUUCAUCCAUGUGGAAACACAAAAGAAAAUCUUUUUUUAAAGAUCUCCAUGACAAGGGCGUGGUUUGUCAAAUAGAGCAAAUGCAUUUGGUUUGUUAUUUUGUGCUAAAGUAGUCUUAUCGAAACAAGAUCUAUGAUUACUAUUAAGGUUAUGCCUCUUGAGUCAACGCGAAUGGAGAGAGUGUCACAUUUGCUCCGCUUGCUCUACUAUUACAGAUCCUUUCCGAACAUAGCAUCCAUUUCUUCUCACCUUUUAAUAGUAAUUUUUUUGUCUCAAUUACAGAAAAGCGGGAAGACUCAAGAACCAAAAGUAAUUCAGUUGGUUCCAACGGAACUUUUAGCCUCACUGCCAGUUGUCAUUACAAGCUAAACAAUAGCAAUGGUUCAAAUGUUUCCAAAACCAAUUCAAAGGUAAAGGUCGUUGUAACUUCAGAUGCCACAAAAUGCCACAGUAUACUAAGCGUAGAGCUUAUAAAGGAGAAGACGAACGAAGAUGAAGGCACGUAUCAAUGCCGAACAGCUGGAAAGAGGGAGUCAAAAUUAGCCUCUUUACACGCAAAGGAAGGCAAGUUGUUGAAAUCAUAGGAACAUUUGUAGUUUUUCUUUCGGAAAAUAUAUAUCGAUUUCACUAAAAUUUAUAUACAGGCUGUGUAAUAAAACGUAUAAAUUCCGUUCAAAACACUGUGGGUCAACAUUUUCAAACUUCCUUUGCUGCAGCUCACACAGUGGGACUGAGUCAGCAAGACUUCAAUACAUUUUUGUGAUCACCUUGCAUUAAUAUUCUUCAUGCAUGCAUGUCGUAAUUGACCAUCAUAGUAAUAUUUGCCAUCCUAAAUUGCACCAAUGAUCAGUAUAUUAUACCAUCCCAGUUUCCUCGAAUAUGAUUGGUGGAUGAGCUGCCUUAUUUUUUAUAAAUUCAUAGUGUUGUAAGCGGAAAGUUGGUCGGAAUCGGACACUGGUAAUCAAACAGUUACAUCAGCAAAUCACAUUAAGCAAGCUCAAAUAAGUCCACCAAAGACAGAAUUGAUGACAGUAACCAUAGCAAUGGCAUACCAUCCAAAGCUGAGGGUUAAAAAAUAUUGGAAGUUGUCUUUAGAGCGCUUUAGUGUGUGUCUUUCACAAAAUUGUAAUGACCAAGUGGUUAACGAUUGGAAUCAGAAGUUCUUCUUUUAAUGAAUACAUCUGGCUUUACUCGGAAAUUUUUUAGUAGUUAUAAUUAAUUGGUAACAGGAUGUCAAUGUCAUGUCAGGAUGGAUUGGCAAAUCGGACUCGCAUUUCACGGUCGUCCAAUUUGGUCAAUCACUCGUAUGGCCAGAAACCUAAUUGGACUAUGCACGGUCCUUUUUUAAUCAGUACGACGAAAGAUGUUGGCCAUCAAAGUCUUUAAGUUUUAGUUUGAUCUUUUGUCUUAUAUCACAGAAAUAACCGAAACAAGACUGCACGAAAGCUCAACUAGUCAGAUUGCGAUGGUAAUCGCUACAUCUUGUGUGGUGGUAACCCUACUUAUCAAUGGUGUUUUGUGGCUUUCGUGGUACAAGCGAUUUAAAGGUGGCAAAAAGGUAAAUAUUCGUGGUUUUUAGUUUUUUUUGUGUGGUUGUUUGUUUUUCCGUUCACGUUUGCUUAUUCUUUUUCAUUUAAGAAACAAGAAUACAGCAAAAGUAUCCAAACAUAAAAAUUGAAAACUUCGCGUCCAGGUUCCCAUUAUCUUCACUUAAAUCUUUAAGGGUGCAUCCACACGUGCGUUUUCAUUUGAUAACGAAUUCGAUAUGACUCAUUUUUGCCUGUCAUCAACGUUUCAAUUCUUGAGUGGACAGAUUGAAACGAAGGCUUUUGGAAUUAAACUGUAAUGAUUUUCAAUUUGGGUUUGAAAGCAAUGAUUUUACUGAAAAUAUAUUUGCUUUUGUUGAGCAUACCCGUAAUAACUAAGAAAAUUCCAAGGCGAUGAAAAAGAAUACAUUAACAUGGUUCCAAAGUUCCUCGUCGGUAAUUUGUCUUUUCUCAUUUGAUAAACGUCAGUCGGAGGGACAGCGAAACGUCACUAGGGUCCAUAUGAGCAAUGGCAGGCACCCAACAGUCUUAAUUGCGCGGGAUAUUGAAGAGCCCUGGUCGCUUGGAGCAAAGAACAUGGGAAGGGUCGACGAAAAGCUCGUGCUGUGUGCAGUGGAGAAUCGUUUGGGUGACGUGGAACAUUGAUGGAACGAAUUAUAGACGAUGCUUGCUGGCCACAGUCUUUUUUAAAUUUGCAUUUUAUUAGUAUUGAUGUGGAUAGAUUGAAUCAUCAUAUUCUAGUUUUAAUCAUGUAUUUGUAGUUUUAAUCAUGUGUUUGUAGUUUUAAUCAUGUAUUUGUAGUUUUAAUCAUGUAUUUGUAGUUUUAAUCAUGUAUUUGUAGUUUUAAUCAUGUAUUUGUAGUUUUAAUCACGAAUGUAAUUUCCUAUUACUUUUUACUUCUUAGACUUGACUAAGACACAACCACAUCAGCUAGACUGUAAUUUGUCGUGGAUAAAUAAAUACCUUCAUUAGUAUGUAACACUUGUUUUAGAAUAUUAUUUGAGGUGAUAAAGGGCCGUAACACUCUAAAAAGGAAACGUAACAUGGGGGCUCAAUCUGGUACCUGACCAACUAACUUCACAAAGUUAUGUAGGCUCCGAGAAUAUUUUCACCGACGAUAAUAAGGGAUAUGAAUCGAUGGGAGAUAUAUCAUUCAAUUGGCUUGAGAAUGCCUUGUCUGUUGGUCCUACAUGAGAUUUGAAUCUUUCUAUGAUGUUCUCGGAUGUCUGACUUAAGAAAAAAUUAUUUACUUCUAAUCAGACUGUUUCUAUCUAUUGUUUCGCGAAGUUCAUGAAUUUUUUCAAGUCUGAAAUUCAGACUGAGGUGGUUAAAAGGAUGUCAAAGC